AUGUACUUGGUCACGGUUGUGGGCGGGGUGUGGUUUGUUGAACAGCCUGGUGGUUCCAGCCUGGAGUUCUACCCGUGCUUCCGGGACAUGCUUCGUGCGCAUUGGGAUGUGAGUGGCCCCUGUUCCGUCUUCCGGGUUUCCUGGUGGAUGGCCCACUAUGGAUCCACGACUCCGAAGAGACACUAUGGCUGGUGCAACUCGGAAAAAGUGCAGGGCCUCUGCCGGGGCCGACUGGACUUGAAGCAGGAGUAUCCGAUGAGGUUUGCCCGGGAACUGGUCAAGAUGGCAAGCAGCUUGGCUCUGACUGGACAGGGGUGCCCGCCUCUUCCGAAGGAUGGUUGCCCAGCUGCUUUGGAGACCUUUGCAUCCAUGCAGUACAACCAGCACGAGGGUUUGUUCGACUUUGCCAACUUUGCUGAGCUCUAUAUUUACUUACGGGGCGGUGUGGGUCUCGAAUUUCCUGAUCAAGCCUGGAAAGACGUGCUUCCUAGAAAAGCACCCGGCCAGGCUGUGGAAGGCGAGGCCGCAGCAGAGCAGCUGCAGUCAGAGGAGGAAUCUCUUAUGCGAGAGAUACAGGACGGCCUGCAUGAGCUGGAACAAACACUUCGAAAUGGCGAGAACCAUGAGGAUUGCGAUGCCGCCCAGGAGCUGUACCUCGAUCCGUACGUGGAGUCGAGUGAGGAGACUUUGCCAGCGACCUGUGUAAAGUCCGAGCCUGCUGUGAAGGAAUGUCCGGAUGCCGAUGCCUCCGACAGCACAAAGAAAGCUGUUGGGAAUGGAACCAGCCCUCCUCAGGAACCAUCGGAAGAGUCUGCUGAAGAAGGGCACACCUCUGCAGAUGAGAAGUCCGUGGGGGGUGAGAAGCGUGCGCUCUCGGCACCAGAGGCUCUCAAAAAAUAUUGGGAAGCCGGAACGAAGGAGAAGGAAGAGCUGGCUGAACUUUUGAAGAAGUGCAACUUCAACCGAGACAUCUUCAUCAGCACCGUCGAAAAGGUUGUCAGCAAAAGGGAGAAGAUUACCUUGAAGCUGGACCAGGGUUGGUAUUCCGAAGCUGAACUUCGGGACGAGCUGCACUGGCCGGCGUCACUGUUCUUAAUUUUCGAUGCAUGUGCCCAUGUCUCUGCGUGUGUGUGCGAUGUCUGGUUUCUGAUGCUGGAACACCUGCCUGGGACGGCUAUACACAUCGAUCUGCAUAAGGUCCAGGAUUGA